AUGGAGCCUGGGACGACCCUGAUGUUACUGCUCCUCGGCCUCUUUCUCCUCUUCCUCAUCCUCCCCCGGCGUGGGGCAACCCCUGCCCCGCAGCCUCCUGGUCCCCUCGCCCUGCCCCUCCUGGGAAACCUCCUGCAGAUCUCCCCAUUCCACACUCUCCAGUCCCUGCUUAAGCUGAGCCGCACCUACGGCCCGGUGUUCCGGGUGUUCCUGGGGUCCCGGCCAGUGCUGGUGCUGGAGGGCUCCGCCGUGCGCGAGGCGCUGGUGGACAACGCCGAGGCGUUCGCGGGGCGCGGCCGGAUGCCCACAGUGGAGAAGACGUUCCACGGGCACGGAGUGGUUUUCGCUAACGGGGAUCGCUGGCGCCAGCUCCGCCGCUUCUCCCUGACGGUGCUGCGGGAUUUCGGGAUGGGCCGGAAGAGCCUGGAAGGUCGGAUCCAGGAGGAGGCACAGAUGCUGCUGCAGGAGCUGCGCAAAACCAAAGGGAAGCCCUUUGACCCCACAUACCAUUUGAGCUCCGCUGUCUCCAACAUAAUCUGUUCCAUCGUCUUUGGGAACCGCUUUGAUUACCAGGAUCAGGAAUUCCUGGAGCUGCUGCAGAUCAUGAAUAAGAGUUUCCGCGAGAUCAGCAGCACCUGGUCACAGAUUUACGACAUGGCAGAGUCGGUGCUGUGGCCCCUGCCCGGCCCCCACCAGCGCAUCCCGAGGCUCCUGGGCAAGAUGCGGGAAUUCAUCGCCCGGAGGGUGAAGAGCAAUGCCCGGAGCCUGGAGCCAGAGCAGCCCCGCGACUUCAUCGACUGCUUCCUGCUCCAGAUGGAGAAGGAGAAGGACAACCCCUCCUCAGAGUUCACUCUGGAGAACCUGGAGCUCACCACCCUCAAUCUUUUCUUUGCUGGGACAGAGACUGUCAGCUCCACCCUGCGCUAUGCCUUCCUAAUGCUGAUGAAGUACCCCGAGGUGCAAGAGAAGGUUUAUGAGGAGAUUGAGCGGGUGAUUGGCCCCCACCGCCCCCCUGCCAUUGAGGACCGGCCCCGUAUGCCCUACACCGACGCAGUCAUCCACGAGAUCCAGCGCCGCGCUGACCUCAUCCCCAUGAACGUGCCCCACCGCGUCACGCGGGACAUCAUCUUCCGUGGCUACUUCAUCCCCAAGGACACCGAUGUGUACCCCCUGCUCAGCUCUGUCCUGCAUGACCCUGCCUCCUUCAAGCACCCCAACACCUUUGACCCCUCCAACUUCCUGGAUGAGAGUGGCCGCUUCCGGCGCAAUGAGGCCUUCGUGCCCUUCUCCGCAGGGAAGCGGGUGUGCCUGGGGGAGGGCCUAGCACGGAUGGAGAUCUUCCUCUUCCUUACCACCAUCCUACAGAACCUCCAGCUGCAGCCACUGGUGCCCCCAGCCCAGCUGCCCACCGAUCCCCUGGAGAGCGGCUUUGGCAACAUCCCCCCCUUCUACCAGCUCUGCAUGCUGGCUCGCUGA